AUGGAGGCAUGCACAAAGAAGCUUGCCAUUGUGGCAUUGGUCAUGGCCUUCGCCCUAGCGUCCAAGCCCAUUGCGGCAAGAGGACAUGUCACCUUGUGCGGCAUUACCAAAGAGGGUUUUGAUUCAUGUAAGCCAUCAGUGCAGAGAGGCGUUGCCCCUGUUCCACCGUCAUAUCCGUGUUGCUCGGCUCUGGCGAAAGCUGACUUCAAGUGUCUUUGCUUUUUUAAGAAAAACUACCCUCAAGUGUUAGCUGACAAUAAUGUAGAUCCCAACUUGGCCAUGCAGCUUCCGGCACAGUGCAAAAUGCCGGGGUCUUUCAGCUGCAAAUAA